AUGACCUCUCAAAGUCUAAGAGACCUUCAGAUUUACGAGGGGGGCAACCUUGGUCCCUUCAUUGUGGAGUCUUUCCUCGGGGAGGGAGGCUUCGGUGUUGUGGCCAAAUGUUACGACCCCCAAAACAACAGGCCUUUGGCCAUCAAGGUCAAUAAAAAUGACCAAAAAAUUUUCCACCAAGCCAGACAGGAAAUAACCAACCUGAGGAGACUGCAGAGUCUAGAUCCAGACAACUACAAUAUCGUCAAGUGGUAUGGAUUUUUUUUCCACAUGGACAGCGUCUGCCUUAGUUUUGAGCUGCUGGACCAGAGUUUAUAUGAUUACAUCCAGUCUAGCAAGGGACAAUUUUUCCCAGUGCCAGAGAUGAGGUCAGUUUUAAAGCAGAUGACCUCAGCUCUGUCUCACCUGAGCUCCAUCGGGCUCGUACAUGGUGACCUGAAACCUGAAAACAUCAUGGUUGUGGACCGUCAUAGUAAGCCGCUCAAAGUAAAGCUGAUAGACUUCGGCCUGGCUCGCCCAGUAUCAGACUGUCAUGAUGGUGCGUGGGUUCAGACCCUGUGUUACAGAGCACCAGAAGUACUGAUGCAGCUUCCCUAUGAUGAGGCUGUGGACAUGUGGACUCUUGGUGUGACAGCUGCAGAGAUUGCCAUUGGAUUCAUGCUGUAUCCUGGACACACAGAGUAUAAUGUACUGAGCUACAUCACACAACUACAGGGGCAGCCUGAAGAUCAUGUUGUGGACAAGUCAUUAAAUCCUGGGUACUUUUUUACUCCAGAAGAUGCUGCCCCACGGCGCUGGAGACUGAAGUCACCAGAGGAGUUUCAAGCAGAAUCAGGAUACCUGCCUCAGCUCAAGUACCACAGUCUUGACAGUUUGGAUGACCUCGAAAAGCGGAUGGACCUGCAGAGAGGACAUGAGGAAGAUCACCAUCUGUUAAUGGAUCUUGUUAAAAAGAUGUUGGAUACAGACCCAGAGCAGCGCAUCAAACCCCAUGAAGUCCUGCAACAUCCCUUCAUGACUGAAAUAGUCCCCCCUAAGAUCCUUUAG